GCUGCCCUGGCCGACUCGAAUCUACUAUCGGGAUCAGUCCCAAACCGAUCAAAUUUAUCCCUCUUUUCCUUAUCCCCCAAGACACUGAACGCUCUCGCGACCAUCUUGAACGCCUCGUCCGCGUGCUCGUGCCCGUUUUUGUCGGGGUGUGUCAGGAGGGAGAGCUUGCGGUAUGCCUUUUUCACCUCGGAGUCGGUGCAUGUUUUUUGGAUGUCGAGGAUCUCGUAGAAGGCGGUGGGGGAGCAGCGGCGGAUGCGGAGGACGGCGGCUUUUUGGUCGGGGGUAUAGGUGCGCGAUUGGGAGCCUUGGUUGUGGCCGUUGUGGGUGGAGGAGGUGCCGGCUGCUGUGCGGGAGCGGGCGGUGCCGUCGCUGGCGGAGGCGCCGGAGGUUUUGGCUUCGGGCAUGGUUGCCCUUGGGACUGCGGUGGUGUUGAAGUGGUGGUGGCGGUGGUGGUGUAGUAAAGGGGGUGAUGUUGGAGUUGGUAUCUAUCGGCUGUCGGAGACGGGGGGAGUCGCAAGACCGGUUGGUGGAAUCAGGGUUAUCUGUCGCAACAAGAAUUCUCUCUUCUGAGAUUGGGAGAGCGAUGAUAAAAAGCAACAAGAACUGCCUCUGCGAAAAGAGAGGUCGUAAAAAAGUUAGAUUGCGAUUGGAUCUUGCAGAGUCGAACGCAAGCGAUACACCACUGGUGACAGACAGCGACAGGAGGACACACCGGAGAGCGUGGCUUUUUUGGAGACCGCCGCACACUGACUGCAGCGCCCCCACACUCGCUUUUCUAUAUCACCCCCACGAACAACGUCCUUCCAGAAGUUGAAAUGAAACGCGGAAGCCAGAAAAAAUAAGACGAUAGAUUUGUUGAAUAUAGUUCAAUUCAGACAUCUAUUUUCCAUUGUGAAUCCAUCACACCCCUGUGACACUGGUGAGUGAACUCUUCCUCCUGCUGCUGUUCCAGAACCAUCUGAUUCUCCAGGUGCCAGGGACAACAACCCGUUGGCCCGUGCGUGACGUUUUUUUCCCCGGCAGGGGGCGCUGUAUCGGUUGCUUAGUCAUCUCGCUUGCCCUGUCGCAGCGGCAGAACCAGCCAAACGACGUCACUGGUUUUUGGGGGAAAAGUUCAUUAUGGAUUUGUGUGAGUGAGUGAGUGAAGAGUGAAGCGAGUGAAGUGAGCGACAACAUGUGGAGAUGAGACGACGAGAUAUUGGAGACUUACGACCGCACUGAAGCUCUCUAGUCAAUCGAAUACUCAGAUACCCGUCUUGAAACCGUCGACCAAAUACCAGUGCUCAGAAUGGCUUCAACAAACCAAGACAAAGUCACCUUCCGUGACACCAUCCGCGCCUGGGGCACAUCCUCCAUCCCCCCAAUGACCCUCUCCUCCCUAGCCCUAGCCCUCCACCUCCGCCCUUUCCAGCCCCUCCCCUUCCUCUUCUCCCCCCUCCUCGCCUUCUCCUCCUACCUCACCCUCGCCGGCUUCAAAGUCGACGGCGCCGGCACAAACGCAGCCUGGUCAGGCAUCUACGUCCUCCUCGCCUCCCGCCGCUCACCCCCGGGCGGCGUCCGCCAAAAGUUCAUGUCCCUCCGCGGCGGCGUCCGCGGACUCGCAAUGGGAAUCGGCGCCAUCAACACCGUCUGCGGAGCCUACGUCUACGCUACCGGCGACCGCAAGGCAGAAGAAGAAGAGAGGAGGGAAGUAAACAGGUGGGGAGUGUAUGAUGAUUGAAACUUGUUACUCAAAACUGGAGAUAAAAAGACUGAAAAAAGGGGGAGAUGGCAAUAGGAUUUCGACGAUAUGGCAUGCGAGUUCAAGGAUGGAAUGACACAAGGCUGGUUGUUUGUCUUCUCAAAAUUUGCAUAGUUUCUAUCGACGCUCCUCCCACCAGUUGCCCGGCAAAAGAAGCACGGCAGCCACACCUAGCCAAAAAACUCAGCAUGGACAUACCCGGGGCAGGUAAUAUCACCCCCAUGUCUCUGUCUUGUACAUAUAAAAU